UGUAUCUUACUGUUUUAGAGUUUAUUUUAUUAACAGUAUAAAGAAUAUAAAGGGUAGCGUUUGAUAAAAUAACAUGGGUUCUAAAGUCCAACACAAAUUUCAUUGUCCGGAUAUGUUAAUCGUUUGGUUUGUUCCAUUUCCGGUUGUUACGACAACAACGCUGUAGUGACAGCAUCGGAGGGUAUUAUGGGCAAGAAGAAGGCGGGCGGAGGAGCCGUGCUGGGCAGAGCUCUGAUCAAGGAGAGGCUUCAGGCAGGCCGGGGAAACAAAAGGGGCGACUCUUGGCUCCACACCAGUGAACUGAAUGAUGGCUACGACUGGGGGCGGCUGAACCUGCAGUCAGUGACAGAACAAAGUUCCAUGGAUGACUUUCUGGCCACAGCUGAACUGGCAGGAACAGAGUUUGUUGCAGAGAAACUCAAUAUCAAGUUUGUGCCGGCAGAAGCUCGAGCCGGCUUAUUAACAGCUGAGGAGAAAAGCGAACUCAUGAAGCUGCACGAAGACAACAAACAUUUCCUCAGAAUUCCGAGACGACCCCACUGGGAUGAAAGCACCAGUCCAGACGAGCUUCAGCAGACAGAGAAAGACAGCUUCUUGGAGUGGAGACGAGCACUUGCACAGCUGGAAGAGGAGCAGAAGUUAAUUCUCACCCCAUUUGAGAGAAACCUUGAAUUUUGGAGACAGCUGUGGAGAGUGAUUGAGAGGAGUGACGUCGUUGUUCAAAUCGUUGAUGCCAGAAAUCCUUUGCUGUUCAGAUGUCUGGACCUUGAGUCCUACGUUAAAGAAGUUUCAGAGCAUAAGGUGAACAUGCUUCUGGUGAACAAAGCUGACCUACUGACCAGGGAGCAGAGGCAAGUCUGGGCCAAAUACUUUGAGAAAGAGGGGCUGAGGGCAGUUUUCUGGUCUGCUCUGGCUGAGAGCAACAGGCUGGAUGCAGAGGAAAAGGGCAUGGAGGUGGCCGAUCCAGAGUGUGAAGAGAGUGAUCCAGAAGAAGGAGGAUGGCAAAUUAAAGAAGUCGUGAGGCAGAAAGGUGCAGAUGGAGAGGAAGAGGUAAAGAACAAGGAGGAGGAGGAUGAGGACAAAGGGGGAGAACAGAGUGACAUAGAGGAAGAGCAGGAAGAGGUAAGCGUAGAUGAGGAGGACUGGAAGACCUGUUCAGAAGGUGAGGAAGAAGCAGAGGGAGGGACUGCUGGUUCAUCCGAUGCAUCUUUCCACAACUCCAGCCGUCUGCUGCGCAAGGACGAGCUGCUGGAAAUGUUCAAGGCUGUUCACAACGGCUCCAGGGUUAAAGAAGGACAGCUGACAGUGGGACUGGUCGGGUAUCCUAAUGUGGGAAAGAGUUCAACCAUCAACACUAUUCUGAGGAACAAGAAGGUUUCUGUCUCAGCCACUCCUGGACACACUAAACACUUUCAGACGUUAUAUGUGGAGCCAGGCCUGUGUCUCUGUGACUGCCCAGGUCUGGUCAUGCCCUCCUUCGUUUCUACCAAAGCUGAGAUGAUCUGCUCUGGGAUUCUGCCCAUAGACCAGAUGAGAGACCACGUACCUGCGAUCUCACUCAUAUGUCAGACGAUCCCUCGGCAUGUGUUAGAAGGCACCUAUGGCAUCAAUAUCAUCAGACCGCGGGAAGAUGAAGACCCUGACAGACCGCCCACCGCGGAAGAACUGCUGAUGGCAUAUGGAUAUAUGAGAGGUUUCAUGACGUCGCACGGCCAGCCCGAUCAGUCCAGAUCGGCCCGCUACGUCCUGAAGGAUUAUGUGAGCGGCAAGCUUCUGUACUGCCAUCCCCCUCCUCAUAUAAAACCUGAAGACUUCCAGCCGCAGCACAAAAAGUUUGAGAAUAGAGACUCAGACAGCAGUGACCUCUCCACAGUAAUGAACAGACAACGCAAAAUUAAGAGAAUCGAAAACGUGGUUGACAAGAACUUUUUCCAUCAGGAGAACGUGCGGGCACUCUCCAAAGGAAUUCAGUCUGUGAUGGGCUACAAACCAGGCAGUGGACCUGUAGGUCCAGGCAAAGCUGAAUCAGAGAUGGCAGUGGGCAAACCUUGGAAAAAACACAGCAACAGGAACAAGAAGGAGAAAGUGCGGCGGAUUACUAAGCAUCUGGAUGCCUGAUUAUGAUCAGAAAAUCUAAGUUAAUUUGAGCAACUUAGAUCUGUGAACUGUACUUUAGGAAAAACCCUGAAGCACGGUUCAUCUGUGAUUCCAAGGGAAUUAAUUCUGAGUGCUUUGUGUAGAUGAAGGCCCCUUUUAAUCCUGUGAGUGUGGAAAAGUCAGGCCGUCGUGAUAUUAACUAAUGAGGUGCAUAAUCUGUCUGCUCUGGUUUGGUGCAGUGCACUCUGUCAGGCUGAUCACCAGUUAAAGAGCAACCAAUGGAUUCAACAUCCAAAAUUGUAUUCAAGGAUGACACAUCAUGAAGUCUCUAUGAAUCAGUUAAAAUACUGUAUGUUGACUUUUAUACAUUUAAAGCAAUGCUCUUUGUAACUUAACUGGGUUGCAUAGAAUAAACACAUGCUGUCAU